CGAACAAUAAUGCAACAGGAACUAGCCAAUCUAUUUAAAAAUAAUAUAAAAGACUUAAUAUGCGCAGAAUUAAAAAUAAUAAAUGAUAAAAUAGAUAGUUUUCAAGAGGCAAUAAGUUUCAUUAACACUCAGUACGAAGAGAUCAAAAACAUUCUUCAAGAAAAAUCAACAAUGAUAUCAACUCUUAGGACGGAGAACGACAAACUAAAAAAGGAUGUUAAAGACCUUGGUAAUCGGCUCAAUAUAAUGGAAUUGCACAUGAGAGACAGCAAUAUCGAGAUUAAUGGCAUACCGGAAAACAGAUCAGAGAACCUGGCAAAUACACUUAACCAACUGGCAAAGAUUGUGAAUUACCCGUUAGCCACCGAGGACAUUCAACUUAUUACCAGGGUUGCUAAAAUCUCUCGGGAUAACAACAGACCUCGAGCUGUAAUAGCCAAAUUACGUAAUCCCCGACAACGAGACGCUUUCUUAGCCGCUGUAAUGAAAUACAAUAAAGCCAAUGCGGAUAAAAAAUUAGGAACUCAGCAUCUAGGAAUAGGUGGCGCCCAUUCUCCCGUUUAUGUCACCGAACAUCUUACUCCUGAAAAUAAAUCUCUUCAUGCAGCGACUAGAAAAAAGGCAAAAGAACUAUCUUACAAAUUCGUAUGGGUUAGAAAUGGACGCAUCUAUGUUCGCAAAGAUGAAAACUGCCAGCAGCUUUUUAUAAAGAGUAUUGACACCCUAAGCCUCCUAAAUUAAGUUUAAAUCCUAUCGAAUG